AUGGUGUCCGACUUCUUCUAUCCGAACGUCGGCGGAGUUGAAGGACACAUCUUUUUCCUCGGGGGGAGAUUGUUGUCUCGAGGACACAAGGUGAUCGUUAUCACUCAUGCCUAUGCUCCGGAUCGCGUCGGUGUACGCUACCUGUCCAACGGUCUCAAGGUGUACCACGUUCCGUACCAGGUGAUCGCCCGUCAGGAUACGCUCCCGAACUUUUUCGCGCUCUUUCCCACACUGCGAUCGAUCCUGAUCCGCGAAGAGAUCCAGAUCGUCCACGGACAUCAAGCUCUGUCUUCGAUGGCGCACGAGGGCAUUCUGCAUGCACGCACGAUGGGGUUGCGCACCGUGUUCACUGACCACAGUUUGUUCGGGUUUUCGGACACGGCGUCAAUCCUGACAAAUAAGCUGCUCCGCUUCGCACUGAGCGACAUCGAUGCGGUGGUGUGCGUUUCGCAUACGGGCAAAGAAAACACAACGCUGCGGGCUAACUUGGAUCCGGAUAAGGUCUCGGUGAUCCCCAAUGCCGUGGUCGCCGAGCAUUUCUUGCCCGACCCUGUGCGAGCGAAGACGGACAAGCUCACGGUGGUCGUGUUGAGCCGGCUGAUGUACCGCAAGGGGAUCGAUUUGCUGAUCGCAGCCAUUCCAAGACUCUGCGCGGCCCAUCCUGACCUGCAUUUUCUUAUUGGCGGCGACGGACCGAAACGAGUGGAAUUGGAGCAGAUGCGGGAGCGAUUUCUGUUGCAAGAUCGAGUCGAGCUCUGCGGGGCUGUACGCCAAGGAGAGGUGCGGGAUCAUUUGACGCGCGGAUCCAUUUUCCUCAACACUUCCUUGACCGAGGCGUUCGGUACAGGUAUCAUCGAGGCUGCGUGCGCUGGUCUGUUCGUCGUCUCGACGCGCGUCGGUGGCAUUCCUGAAGUGCUGCCACCUGCGAUGAUCCGCCUCGCCAAGCCGGAGGAAGACGACAUUGUGAGGGCGAUGGAUGAUGCAAUCGCAUACGUUCGAGCAGGCAAGCACGACCCACUGGCCUACCAUUCCGCUGUCAAGCAAAUGUAUUCGUGGUCCGAUGUGGCUAAGCGGAUCGAGCGGGUCUACGAACAAUCGAUGCAGAACGAGCUGCCUCGGCCAUCAGAGCGACUGGCACGAUACUAUGCGGGAGGUGCGAUCGCCGGCAAGAUCUUUGUGAUCAUCGUGGCGGUCGACAUGCUCUUUCUCAAGCUUCUGGAAUGGUGGUUGCCCGAUCGCAAAAUAGACUGCUGUCCUGCUUUUCGCCCUGUCCAUCUGCAGACGAGGAGGGAGAAACCCGCGCACGACGACGGCCUCGCAAGCAUGGCAGGCAACGAGCAAAUCCCCACUGCUGUGACACGGCUGCUAUCAGCAAGGUAUCCCACGCUCGAGGUGGAUCCGUCUUGGUUAUCGAACUGCGUUGAUCGCAUCCGCAAACGCGAUGCGGCGCUGCGGACUGGUUCGCCAGAUCAGCUGGCAAAAGCAGUGCGGCAGGAGCUGCUCGACACAGACCUAGCCCACGUAGUUCCCCCUUCAUACAGUCGCAUCAAUGCCCAACGUCUCGGCUCCUUCGCCGACAAGGUCGGAGAUGCAGGACGUGGUACUAUACUAGUACAGAUUGAGAGCAUGAUGGACAUCGGCUAUUCGGCCUCAUCGCAGCUCGAGAUCGCAGGGGCACGCAGGGAAGCUCGUCGCGCCAACGUGGAUCCCAACGACGUACCCGCAGAUACAAAGGUUGUCGAUGCUGCGGAAGCAGAUCAUAUGACCGACUUCCAGGCGCAAGAAGACGACAAGAUUCAAGCUUCCACGGUCUUUCCCCGACGAAUGCUCAAGCUCGAGCUCUCGGACGGCAGCAAAGGUGCGAAUGUAUUUGCGAUCGAACUGCAACGCAUCAGCGGUCUCGACAUGAACACCACCAGCAUCGGUAGCAAAUUGCUGCUCAAGGGUGCUCUCAUCAAGGACGGAUACCUACUUUUGACGCCCCAGACGGUGGUUGUGGAAGGAGGCCGGGUCAGGGAGAAGGAUGAAAUUGCAGAAGACAAGCUGAUCGACUACUGGCGGCUGCAGCUCGGUAAACCCGCUCAGAGCGACUCUUCCGCAAAUGGCACGCAGCUUCCCGCUGUAUGCAGAACCGAUGUGGCUGCUUCUGCUGCGAUUGAGCGCGGUUUCAGCCCCGAUGACGACGAGAGUGAGCUCCUGGCAGCUCUUGACGGUGGGGAAGUUCGCAUGGCUCCCGUAAAUUCUUCUAGACGGGUUUCUGCGUUUGCAACAACGGGCACGAGGAACAUCUCGACGAACACCAACGAUCCUGGACGCGCUGCCGCACAGCCACCCGCGCCGACACGUCCACGGGCUAUGCUCGUUGUGCCAGAGAGCUUUACGCAAGCUUCGACGGACAAGUCUCGGAGUCAAAACACGGCACCGAAAACGAGCGCCACGCAAGACGAUCCGAUUUCUCUCAUCGACAGCGACGACGAAGAUGCUCUGUUCGCCUCGGUCCCGGAUGCAGUGCUUGGCGGCGGGAAGGAUAUGGCUGAUCAAAGCGAGAAACUUGGACGCCGACGGGAGCGUAGCAUGCAGGAGCAGCCGGCGUCGACGAGGAGCUAUGCCAACUCGCGUGAGGAGCCGAUCGUCAUCGAGUCUUCGCCUGAGCCAUAA